AUGAAUAUUUAUAUUUUAGAAGUAGUAAUUUCCUCUCCUGCUACAUCUACAGUUACUUCAACUAUAACUAGCACCAGAAAAACAGAGCCACCUACUACACCAGAAAUUUCAUCUCUAAUCACAUCUGCAAUUACGCAAAUAUCAACGGGGAAAGAAACAAGCCCUAAACCAAAACCCUCCCCAUAUGUGCCCUCGUCAUCAAUUCGGGAUAUUUUCAUUAUCACUAGUGAUGUCACAAAUUUAACGCAAGAUAUAACCAUUAUGUAUAAACCUACUGACGUCACUAAUGACUCUAACUAUUUUUCAUCUUCAUUCAAACCAUUUGAAACUUCUCCACAUGGUUCAUCAUCAGUAACAGAAUUUGAAUCGGCUACUACAUCUAUGUUCAUUUCCUCUGAAUCUGCACCCAGUUCCCAAGCAACAUCGAAGAAAAGUUUCUCUUCAACUACUCAUAAGUACAAACUAUGUAAGAAAAACUACUGCAAACAUUUUGGAGUCUGUCUGGAGGAGGAAGGAAAGGAAAGAUGCAUUUGCAACUAUCCAUUUGGUGGACCAGACUGCGGAGGUAGUUACUGGUGCUCCAAAGGAUUUGGGAAAUCUGAGUGCCCAGCAGGAAAAUGCCGAUUUGAUUUCAAAACAAGAAUCGGAUAUUGUGACUGCGCCAAAGACCAAUAUUACAAUUUUUUAAAGAAGCAAUGUGAAUAUAUUGAUAACUGCCCAUUUAUGGACAUCAAAUGCACAAAGCCUUUUGAAGAAUGCAAAAUGGGGGCUUGUGUAUGCAUUGAGAAUUUCAGGAGAAAUGAUAAACAAGAUUGUAUUCCUGACUUCUGUCCAUCAAAUCUUAACCCUUGUGGAGAGAAUGAAAUUUGUGAAGAUGUUUUAGAUGAACCCGGGCGAGUGAAUUGCAUCUGCAAACAAGGUUUUACAUUUGAUGGCAAAACAUGCCAAAAAGUAAAUAAGUGUUCUGUUCCUGGAUUACUAGGAUGUGAGCAAGUCUGCAACAGUGACACUGAGGCAUGCGAAUGUUAUCCUGGAUAUACAUUGCAGUCUAACAAGAAAACUUGUGAACUCACUGAUGAAUCACAGAAAUGCGAAAAGGAUUGCGGUGCAGGAGCCUGUAUAAAAGUGAAUGAAUCUGAGAGUUGCCUUUGCCCCCCUGCGUAUGCUGCAAAAGGACUUACGUGUGUUGAUCGAUGUACAGCGGAAGCUUUGCCUCUUGGUUUAUGUCCCGAUGAUCAAUGUAUAGUGGAUGCUAAACUGGGAUUCAAAUGCAAGUGUCAUGGGAAGUAUGCUUACCACAAUGAUGGAAUAACAUGUCGAAGGAAACUGAUGUGUUCUGAAGCAGGAGGUAAUAACGAUUGCGCUGGAAAGAAUGCACUUUGUUUCGAAGAUUUCGAUUCUGAAUAUGGUUAUCAAUGCCGAUGUCGAAAAAGUCAGAGAUUUGAUACAAAUGACCAAUGCGAAGAUAAAUGUAAUGUUGAAUCAUUCAGGAAGAAUUGUAUACUGCGUACGGCUACAUGUGAAUUGGGCGAAUGUCAAUGUCCACCUAUGCUAAGUUUUGGACGAGAUGGUAGAUGCUCUGAAAUCGCUCAAGCAUCUUACCUAGGAUAUUUGCCUAUAUCGAAGCAAUUUUACACUGUCCCCCCAUCAACAGAGUUUUCUCAGAAUUCUGAUGAAACAGAAAUUAUAAACUACAAUUCUAUUCAAAAGGAUGUAAGAGAUGCAAUGGUAACUCUACUAGGGAAAAAUUAUCAGUCCUCUUACAUCUUAAGUUGCGAAAUGAAAACGUUGUCCUACAAUUGCUUGAUAGAAGUACAGUUUAAAGCAGAUCCACUAGACCAAAUCAAUAUCUUAACAGAUCAAUCCUCAUGUGUUGGUGGAACAAAUAACAGAUGCUUAAUGCCUCCUCAUUUAAUUUUGGAUAAGAGUGAAGCCACUGAUGGUAAAUUUUCACCUGCGGAUCCAUGCAAAGAUGUUAUUAUACAAAGGAGUUGUGGCAAACAAAGGGAAUGCACAGCUGUCCGACGUGGGACCAACAAUUUUGUAUGUAGUUGCGGAAAAGGGUUCUCGUCAGUUGGUGUUUUCAGUCCCUUCUCAGACAAGCGAACUAUCAUUCACAACUGUGAAGGUAAUAAAAAUGUCACUUUUGUACUUUAUGCAUUAUCUCAUGUUACUAUGUUUAGUACCUCAGCUUUUUUUACUCGCGUCACCUUCUCACCUUACAUAGAUUAUCAUUAA